AUGGAUGAUAAUAAUCUAAUUGAAAAUGAUGAUACAUGCUUACGUGGGAACUAUAAUUAUAAUAAAAAAUUUAAAAAUUUACUAGUAAAUAGUCUAAUAGCCGGAUUUAUAGGAAGACUCAUUUCUCAUCCAUUAGAUACAUUAAAAACACGAAAACAAUCAAAUUUAUAUAAAUAUAAAUUGGGAUAUAAUCAUAAUAAACAAUAUAAAAAUUUAUAUAGUGGAUUGACUAUAAGUUUACUUGGUGGAAUCCCUGCUACUGCAUUGUAUUUUUGUUCUUAUGAAUAUUUUAAAAAUAAAUUACAUACAUAUACUAAUCAUAAUAUUACAAAUUUCUGCUCAGGAUUUUUAGCUGAAGUUUUUAGUAGUAUCUUAUGGGUUCCUAUUGAUGUAAUUAGAGAACGUUUACAAAUAAAAAAUAUUACCUUACAAUCAAAUAUUAUAACAAAUAAUAUAAAUAGUAAAUAUAGACCUAUAAAUAUAAUGUCUAAUUUAUAUAAGGGAUAUUUUACAACUAUAAUAUCAUUUGGAUCAUUUUCUGCACUUUAUUUUUUAUUUUAUGGUAUACUUAAAAAGUAUGUUAAUGAUGAAAAUAUAUAUAAAGUGGGUAUUAUUAGUACUUUAUCUGGUCUUGGUGCUUCUGGUAUUACAGCUCCACUUGAUUUAAUUAAAGUUAGAUUACAAAUAGAUAAUAAAGAUAUACCAUUAUAUGGUUAUAAAAAUAUGAAAGAAGAAAUUUAUAAAAUAAUUGAGAAAAAUGGUUUUCAAAGUAUUUUUAGUGGAGCAUUAUAUAGAAUGAUUUUCCAUGCUCAAAUGACUUCUAUUACUAUUAUUUUAAUUCAAUUCCUACAAAAAUAUCAAAAUAUAAAAGGUUUAGAAAUUUAA